GUAAAUGUAUCCAGUUUAUCUGCAUUCUACAGAUACAAAACAGCAGGUGUGUCAAGAGAUAGACACACCUGCUAAUCUGCUGUUAGUUCAUAUAUUACCUGAAGCUCAGAUUUGUAUGCUCAUUUUCCCAACUGUGGAUGUGAAGCUUAAAACCUGGUAACUUAAGUCAAACUUGGCAAAAGUGCAAAAUGGCAUCUGAAGUUAUUUCUGAGGAGGACUUCACUUGUCCUGUGUGCUUGGACUUUUUUGUAAAUCCUGUUGUUCUACCCUGUAGUCACAGCAUCUGUUCAGACUGCAUUCAGACUUUUUGGGAAAGUAAAGGAUCUAAUGAAUGUCCCAUUUGCAGAAAAAUAUCCAUGAUACGUGAUCCUCCAGUAAAUCUGGCAUUGAGGAACCUGUGUGAGAGUUUUCAACAGGAGAGAAAGCAGAGAUCUUCAUCUGAAGAUGAAACGGUCUGCAGCGUUCACAAAGAGAAGCUCAAACUCUUCUGUCUGGAUGAUCAACAGCCCGUGUGUUUGGUGUGUCGAGACUCCAAAAUACACACCGACCACAAAUUCUGUCCCAUAGAGGAAGCCGUGAACAACAAUAAGGAGGAACUCAGAGAUUCACUGAAACACUUACAGGAGAAACUGGGAUCAUUUGAGAAUUUUAAACUGACUUUGGAUCAAACUGCUGAUCAUAUUAAGAAUGAAACUCAAGAUACAGAGGAGAAGAUCAACAAGGAGUUUGAGGAACUUCAAGAGAUUCUAGUAAAUGAAAAAGAAGCCAGAAUAACAGCGCUGAGAGAAGAAGAGAAGCUGAAGAGUCAGAAGAUAAUGGAGAAGACUGAGAAGACGAGCAAACAGAUUGUAUCUCUCAUAUGGACAAUCAGAGACAUAGAGGAGCAGAUGAAGGCUGAAGAUGAUGCAUUCCUCAAGAACUUCAAGAACACAUUGCAAAGAGCCAAGAGUAGCCCACCAGAUCCAGGGAAUGUCUCAGAAUUGCUGAUCGACGGCCCAAAAUACCUGAGCGACAUGAAGCGCACUGUGUUACAGAAGAUUGAGGGUUCCAGUGGGGACCACAGUGUCAGGGGGGGGCCCAUCUUAAGAGGGAACAAGAGUAGCAGGAGGGGCCAAAAUUUUAGGGGGAGCACUAAUCACAGGGGGGGCCAGAAUCCCAGAGGGGGGCCACAGCUCCAGGGGGUCCCAGAGUUCCAGGGGAUAGCCACUGUUCUGGGGGAUCAUAUAGACCAAGGGGGGCUAUAA